UGACAUCUUUAAAGUGGUUGAGCGCUGAAAGAAGCUUGAUGCAUUCACGAACUCACUAGAAUGGUAUGCCAUCGGCCAUGUCGUAUUUGAGAACACGAGGUCUCGAUGUUUCAUCGAAAACAUGGCGGAAUGUCGUUCUGCUGUGGUGUAGCGAAAUUUUGUGUACAGUAAAAGGACGAUUCGAGUGGAGGCACAUGUGAUUCGAGAGCAUUAUGACAUCGAUUCACUUCGUUGUACAUCCUUUGCCGGGGACAGAUGACCAACUUAAUGACAGGUUGAGAGAAGUAGCAGACAAAAUAAAUAGAUAUGGAUUUGUAACACCACCAGCUUUCAAUGGUCUCAAGGUAUCGAUAAGACGUGUCGUUGUAGGACCAACACACAUUGCUCUUCUCACAGACGACAAUAGAGUUUGCAGAGUUGCAUUUACAGUACUAUCCGAUAGAUUGGAUUUGAGUAAAAAUGAACCUAAUAGAAACACGAGUAAAAAUCAUGUUGGAAAUUCGAGUUCCGCACCGAAUGGGAAUGGAAGUAGCGGCAGUGGCGGUAGAACGGGAAUGUCACGUUCGCGUGCACGAAUCAUGCGUAACAGCGCUGCGAUUCGUGGCGGUAGCAGCGGUGGAGGAAGUGGUAGCAGCGGCCGCAUAGGGCCACCAGGAGUGAUCAUGGGAGCCGGAAGCGGCAGUAGUUCGCGUCCUAUCGCAUCUGUACCGGCACCCUUUGUGCCAGAAGAUCUGAUAUCUCAGGCUCAAGUGGUAUUGCAAGGGAAAAGUCGUAAUCUGAUCAUCAGAGAGCUACAGCGUACAAAUUUAGACGUAAACUUAGCAGUAAACAAUCUUUUGUCGCGGGAAGAUGAGGAAGGCGACGACGCGGAAGACGCAGCAGAUAGUUAUGUUCCAGAAGAUCUUAUAUCAUUAUUAGAUGGUGGCUUUAGCAAUGAGCAUUCCGUUAUAAUCGAUGCUGACUCUAUGUUCUCUGAAGAUAUGUUUGGGUACACUGGAAUAAGGCACCGUGGAAGUUCUUCGCGCCGUUUAGGAAACGAUCGAGAAGGCGAACGUUCAUCUCACGAGCGGGAUAGAGAUCGUGACAGUUUCAGUAGGUGGCGAGAUCGUCAAUAUUACGGACCGCGUCGUUGGCUGGAAACCGCUCUCAAAGAUUCGUGGGAGAAGGAUUCCGAUAACAAGAAGAAGGAGCUAGCCUCGCAGAGCCCGCUGUGGAUAUCUGAAGAGUUGGAAUGGUGGCAUGACCGUAGCAGCGAUCCGGUACCUCGCUUUGUACAGAUCGUAUCGCUCUAUAGUGAGCUGAUUGCCGUUUCUACGACCGGACAGUUGUACCAAUGGAAAUGGACGGAAUCAGAACCGUACAAGAAUGCGGAGAAUCCGAACGUGCACCAUCCAAAAACCAUUCCUCUGGCAUUGGCAACGGAGAAGAUAGUUAACAUAUCUGCCACGGCAAUUCGAUGCUCCGUCAGUACGGAGGGUGGAAAAGUAGCGACUUGGCUUGACGAACUUUUGGGUCACGUUGCUUCUCGUCUCGAGCAUCCGGCGCAAGCCUUCACCGAAUUCACUCUGGAUAAAAUAGCAUCGCUUCAUACAUGCGCGUUAUAUACUGUCGCAAGACUCGAAAGUGGAACCUUGUAUUGGUGGGGAGUUUUGCCAUUUGCACAGCGCAAGAAACUAUGGGAAAAGUACAAAGCUAAAUCACGCAAGCACAGGCCAUCCACUGUGUUGUCGAGCGAUAUCAGUUAUGGAACACAUGUAUGCAUGAAAAAUAGUCCAGUUUAUCAGCCGGGUGCUAUCGGAUUUACAAUUGCCAACGGUGUACCGAAAGUGGGGCAACUGCUUUCGGCCGCGUGGAAUGUGGACGCCACUUGUAGAUUCAAGAUAUUACCUGCUGGUGCACAUGUAACUAAUACUAAUACCGACAAGCGGGAAUCUAACGGAAAUGGAAGUGCAGGAGUAGUAAAUAAACCAAACCAUAAAGAAACCGCCGAUAGGCUUGAUAUGCCUCCACCGCCAUCACCAGCUUCGAGCACUUGCAGCGAUACUGGCAGCAUUACAACGAGCCACAAACGCCAGAAACGUAUGGCGCCUCGAAGCGAAGGGGAACCCGAAAGGAAAGACGAGGAAGAUUGGCAAUUGAAAGAUGUCGUUUUCGUUGAGGAUGUCAAGACUGUGCCUAUUGGAAAAGUUAUAAAAGUCGACGGUUGCUACGUAGCAGUGAAAUUCUUUUCAAAGGAUUCGAAAGAGAAAGAAAAGGAAAUUAAAGAAAAAGACUUCAAUACAUCCGACUUGAAAGAUCUUACGGCAGAAGAACCAGUGAAAUUGUUAGCAGACUGUAGACUUUUACGUAAAGACGAGCUACAGGUAAUUAAGUCAUCAUUAAAUCCACGAGCUCCGGAUUGCUUCCAAAGAACACCUAGAAGGGUCAACGUAGUGGAAGGUUCAAAUGACAGUCUAUUAACUAUAGCCACUGACGGGCAAGGCAUUCACGCUAUAUUGAAAAAUGGAAAUAAAUUGAGUUACGUUGUAUAUAAUUUGAGCACUGGAAGAUAUGUCCAAGACUGUUACAUACCGUCUGAUAUUUCGUCAUUUUUGGGACUACAACCUCAAAAUAUUAAUCUUACGAGCGCAGGAGAGAAUAUCGAGUGCUCUAUGAUAUUGCGCGACGGUAACAAUACAAUUUAUCCAAUCGCAAAAGACUGCGCUGAUGCCAUACGCGACCCAAAUUGGUUGGACCUAGUUCCAGUAAAUUGUAUCGGUGCAGCAACUAUUCCUAUUCCCAGCUGUUCUAAUUCAACCAACUUAAAGAAUCAAGUUGCAGUUAUCGCACUAGCAUUCGACAAUCUUCUGCUAAUGCCGCGUAUAUUGCGAUGCGAUUACGAGAGCGUGAAGCAAGUGUUUUGUAAUUUGGAACAAGAUUUAAAAAGUAAUCUAACAUAUUCAAACGCAAAUUCGCAAAUCCAAAUGAUACUGAAAGAACGCUGUGAUGGCAACCGAAACAUUCUUCACGCUUGUGUCAAUAUGUGUUCACCGACUUCCAACAAAGAAACUGAACAAGUUAUUGAACGCGAACUAGUAUCUAAUACAGUGGAUGGUACUUCGGCACCUAUCGAAGAGCCAAUCCCGACCUUAAGUUGGCCUCCUGAGGCGUUUGACAACACAUCGGGAGAAGAGGAUAGUUUGUUAAGUAUAGGCGCUGCCAGUAUAUCCAUGAUGAAUAAGUCUGGUGUUGGAGCUGCGUCUAAUAACACGUACAUUGUAGAUUCUGUUGAAAGACGACAUAAUGCUCUACUUAUAUUGAAGUACAUGUGUGAAAGUAAUAUUUUAGCACCGCAUCUGAGAGAACUGCUGACGGCAAAGGAUGCUCAAGGCCAAACACCACUCAUGCUCGCCGUGUCUGUACGCGCGUACCACGCAGCCAUUAUUUUAUUAGAUACUAUACAAAAAGUGGGCAGAGAUGUGAAAGACACCUCAGCCAUGAUACUGCCAGCCGAUGCCAGCCCAGAUCUAUCUCCGCUGUUUGUCACGUGUUGCAACGAUACAUGUAGUUUUACGUGGACCGGAGCCGAACAUAUUAAUCAAGACAUUUUCGAGUGCAGAACUUGUGGCUUAACGGGAUCUUUAUGCUGUUGCACCGAGUGCGCUCGCGUUUGUCACCGAGGCCACGACUGCAAGCUCAAGAAAACUUCUCCCACGGCGUAUUGCGAUUGUUGGGAGAAAUGCAAGUGCCGUGCACUUAUUGCCGGUCAUCAAACUACGAGAUACGAUUUGCUGUGCCGCCUAGUAAAUAGUACUGAUCUUGCCACGAAAAUUAACUCGCGAGGGGAAAGCAUUUUGUUAUUCUUGGUGCAAACGGUCGGGAGGCAACUAGUUGAACAACGUCAAUUUCGAUCAGCACCUAGGCAACGAUCAACUUCGGCAAGUCGUAAAGCACCCACCUCAGAAGGUUUGUGUGCAGAUUCAGACAUGCCAGAUCAUGAUUUGGAACCUCCUCGAUUUAGUCGCAAAGCUCUUGAACGAUUAUUAAACGAUUGGCCAGCUGUUCAAUGCAUGAUUAUGUCAGGUGUUUCCGAAAACGGUAUCGAACAAUUGGGCGAUCAAGGACAGUUAUGUCGACAGAGCGGUACCGCGUUACUAGACAAAUUUACGCAUUCCUUGCUUGUUAAGUGUAGUGCCGAAAUGCUCGAUACAUUGCUCACCACUUUGAUAAGGGAACUGCAAGAUGAGACUGUACCUGGACGACAGGAAGAAGCGAACAAUGUCGCGCGUCGAUUCGUAAGAUCCGUGGCACGCAUAUUCGUUAUUUUCACCAUAGAAAUGGCACCGAACACGACAAAAAGACGAAGUACAAGUCAAGCUUCGCAGCCCUUGAUGAAAUGUCGCAAAGUUUUUCAAGCGUUAAUCAAACUAGCUGUAGAAGAAUUAUGCGAAACUGCAGAUUCAUUAAUAGCACCAGUGAGAUUAGGUGUGGCACGUCCAACCGCACCGUUUACGCUAACGAGCUCUGCCCUUGAGGUGAUCAAUGGUUCAGAGGAAUUAUUUUCUAUAGAGCCUCUAAUACCUCACAGCGGCAGUUCGCAGACGUUGGACGCAACAUUACAAACGCAGGGAAAUAAUAAUAUUACGAUUUCAAGAGGAGACGUUUCUGCCGUGGAUGAGGCAGAGGGUGGAGAAGAAGUACCUAUGGACAUAGAUGGUGAUAUUAGUGAACACGAUGAAUCGGGUGUUUCUGGAACUGUUGGUGGUCAACCGCUCGGCGAAGUUGAUUCGAAUGUCGGCGGUGUUGGCGAGGAACAGGUUGGAGAUGGUGAAUCCGACACCGAAUUAGAUCUCUUAGCGGAGGCAGAAACUGAAUCUGACUCGGACGACAAUCACAGCAAUCAGGAUGCAGCGUCCGCGCAACGUAGCGUGCAAACUGGAGCGACCGCUGGUUCCGAUGGUGGAAUGGGAUCUAUACUGUUAUUCCCUGAGGACGAGUCUGGAGACUCGAGCCAACAGGAGGAUGAUGAGAGCGAAGCGGGAGAGACGGACGAGCAAGAUAAUGAGGAGUUCCAAAUCGGUGACGAACAGUUAGAGCGCAGAAGUGGGUCAUCCGGCCACUUGCAUCGUAACAAUCUCGCGCCUGUAUACAUGCAAUGGGCCAUACGCAAUCGUGAAUCCAGUACACGUACAACGGGACUACGAGUAACAGGUGGAAGCAAUCUGGUUUUCAUCGAUCCCGCGUCCUUGAGACGAACCACUGCCACAUCGGCCGUUGCAACCGCGCAAGAACCUAUAACCAUGGGGACCACUGCUAGUUGCCUGGCGCGAGCGUUUGGGAUUGUUAUUCGACAAAUCGCCGAUCUGUUGGUCAUGAUGCAAGACUACAAGAAUCUCGCGCCCACUUUGCCACGAGUGAUGGAAAUCAAUUUCCAAGACGCUCUAAGUUUACAGUCAUAUUUGGAAGCACACUUGAAGCCUACUUGGGAUUGGUUACUUACGGUGAUGGACGCCACGGAGGCGCAGUUAAGAUUCGGAGUAUCUCUGACGCAUAGCGCAGAUCCAACUCACCCCGAGCAUCCUCUCAAUAACGCUCCAUCGUUGUCCAGCGGUAAUUUUAGCGGUCUAUUAAACACAGCUGCUCUUUCGCUGACUCUCCAAGGAAACACAGGUCGGAAUCCUCGAAGUGGUAUCGCUACGAGCUCGAAUAUCUCCACUCCUCAAGCUUCAACACGACUCACCGUUGGUUUUGCAGGCGUAGGCGAGCCUCCGAGAAGCAGUAGGGAACGCGAAGGUGGCGACGCACAUUCGGCACGACGGGAAUUUUUGUCAUAUUGUCUGUCUUUAAUGCGCGCCCAUAACAGCGAGCACAGGGAUAGCUUACCAGUUCUGGACGUUUCCGCUUUGAAGCACGUGGCUUACGUAUUUGAUGCACUUGUAUAUUACAUGCGUUCUCUUUCGGAACCAUUCGCUUCGAGAGGCGAGGCUCAAAAGGAAUCCGCCAGUUAUUCUGGUGGAUGGAACGAUCAGGAUGAGAAUGACAAUGAUGAAGGUGAGGAGUACAAUUCACCCGCGCCAACUGCCAUGGAAACUGAUUCCGUGGAUUACCCGGAUUUACUUCAAGUACCUAUGUGCGGGUCUGGAACUCACAGCAAUUCAACGCCGAAAGGCAGGAAACAUCCUUUCCUGCAAAGAUCAGAUUCCACUUUGUGCCUUGGUUGCCCGCCUCUAGAUCCAUUUGACACCGUAAUGAGUGAGGCGUUACCGUUAGCUGAUCAGCCACAUUUAUUGCAGCCACACUCAAGGCGCGAAGAUCUGUUUGGCAUCCCGAGACAGCCAACUUGUUCCAAUGCAGGUGGAUCUAGCCAAAAUCCAUUGGAAGGUUUGCCAACGAGAUUAGGACUUUCUGCACGAGGGACCGACAAUCAAAACGGCUUGGCGACUCCGACAUUUAGUCAAGUUGUACAAGGACCACUCUGUAAUCCUAAUUUAGAAUCAAGGAGAAGUUCGGUCUCAGUUGGGGAACUCGGUUCGAAUUCUAUCAAAUACAUGGAUAAAGUUAAGUCGUCCAAUCACGCUAGUGAAGGACACUCGUCUCUUGUGGCAGAACAAAUUGAUAGAGCGCCGAUUAUAGUAUCUACUCAGAGUGACGUAGCAGCGAGCACCAAAGGCAAAGAUGUAUGCAAAAAUAAUAGGAGCGUGAUAGUUAGAGCCGGAACUGUAUCGGAAUCAAACACGAACAAGACUGGUGCACCCGAGAUAUUGGUCGUUCCAACUGUCGAGAGCCAAAAUGUGUCUGAGGAAGUUGAUCCAGCCGCCUCGAGCCAGGAAAUAUCAGCUCACGAAACUGUCGAAACGAGCCCCGUAGAAUCCGCUAGAGCGGUAUCGUCGAUCGGAACAAAUAUCUCGCAUAAUAUUUUAUUAGGACGAUGGAGAUUAUCGUUGGAUUUAUUCGGGAGAGUUUUUAUGGAGGAUGUUGGUUUAGAAGCUGGAUCCGUGGUUUCCGAGUUGGGAGGAUUUCCCGUAAAAGAAGCCAAAUUUCGUAGGGAUAUGGAAAAGCUUAGGAAUUCACAGCAAAAGGACAUCACUAUUAAGGUGGAACGUGACAGAACGCAGUUAUUAGUGCAGACAAUGAAAGAGUUAAACACGCAAUACAACAUUUACAAUAGAAGAGCUUCAAACACUCCACCUUUGGCGGUGAGCCGAGUCAAAGUUUUUUUCAAGGAUGAACCUGGCGAGGGCGCCGGUGUUACUCGAAGCUUUUAUACCGCGAUUGCCGAAGCUCUGCUCGCGAAUGAGAAACUUCCGAACCUUGAAGCGGCGCAGGUGGGAUCCAAGUACACGCAGUACAACGUUCUGCAGAAACUGAAAAGCAGAGAUCGCGACCGUGAUCUCAGGCGACAAAAUACACGCUCUUCCGGAAAAUGUCGGGAGACACGUCGAGCUUUGUCCUUCGAUGCGCGAUCCUUCCACCCGUCAAGCGCGAUCGAAGUAAACAAUAGCUCUGCGCCUGGUAGCUCGUCGUCCAGUACUCAUCCCUUGCCGAUUAAUCACCCUAGCAACGAUCACUUGACCGUGCAUCAGCAACAACUCGGCGACAGAUUGUAUCCCAAGGUACAUGCUCUACGACCGGCGUUGGCUGAAAAGAUAACUGGUAUGCUGCUGGAGUUGUCGCCCGCCCAAUUGUUGAUGCUACUGGCUUCAGACGAGGCUCUUCGACAGAAAGUAGAGGAAGCGUUCGAGCUGAUUCAUAGUCAUACUCAAGAUUUGGCUAGCGAAGCACUGCUCGAUCUUGAUGUGUUCAGCUUGACCGAACGAUGCGCGGCGAAUAAGAAGAAAAUGGAGAACAGCAUUUUAGAUGACACGGAGGACAACUCUCCGCUCUUUUACUCUCCUGGAAAACGCGGUUUUUACACGCCAAGACAAGGCAGAGGCAGCUAUGAACGACUGAAUGCAUUCAGGAAUGUGGGCAGACUUGUAGGACUGUGCCUCUUACAAAACGAGCUGUGUCCGCUAUUUUUGAACCGCCAUGUAAUUAAAUAUAUUCUAGGAAGGCCUAUACGUUUCCACGAUCUUGCAUUUUUCGAUUCUGUCAUUUAUGAAAGCUUACGGCAAUUGGUCAUCGAUGCCGAGACGAAAGACAGUAACAGUUUAUUCUCCGCCUUGGAUCUUACGUUUAGUAUUGAUCUCUGUCCCGAAGAAGGAGGCGGCUCCAUCGAGCUUAUACCUAACGGCCGUGAUGUGGAAGUAACCGCGAGCAACGUGUACGAUUACGUACGCAAAUAUGCAGAAGUUCGUAUGAUCAAGGUACAGGAGAAAGCUCUGCACGCUAUGCGGGAUGGAGUUUUCGACGUCCUCCCCGAUGGUGCACUCGAUGGUUUAACUUCCGAGGACUUGAGACUACUCUUGAACGGAGUCGGCGACAUCAACGUGUCUGUCUUGAUAUCAUACACAUCAUUCAAUGAUGAAUCUGGUGAAUCGACGGAAAGAUUAGUUAAAUUCAAACGUUGGCUUUGGUCGAUCGUCGAGAAAAUGUCACACGUGGAGAGGCAAGACUUGGUGUACUUCUGGACCGGAUCUCCUGCAUUACCAGCCAGUGAAGAUGGUUUUCAACCGAUGCCAACCGUGACGAUUCGACCGGCGGACGAUGUGCAUCUACCAACUGCAAACACGUGUAUUUCCCGAUUAUACGUUCCACUGUACAGCUCGCGUCACGUCUUGCGACACAAGCUACUUCUCGCUAUCAAAUCAAAGAACUUUGGAUUUGUAUGA